AAUAUUACUGAUAAAAGUGAUUAUAUUAAAAAAGUCACUAACCCUGAUUCUCAAAGAAAAGUCAAAAUUGGGUCCAUUUCUAGUCAGGAACAUUCAGGAAUAAAAUAUCAAGAAAAUUUGGUAAAUUGGAUUACCACACUGAUAUCACAAGAGAACGAAAUUAGUAGAAG